AUGUCUAAGAUCCAGAACACAUCCAGGCCUCGUCAGCCGAAGCUAAGAGCCUCUUGUGACGGUUGUUUUCUUGCAAAGGUCAAAUGCAGCAAGGACCGCCCCAUAUGUUCUCGAUGCCUAACGACGGGCGCAGAAUGUGGUUAUAGCCCAUCAUGUCGCACAGGGAAGCCUAAGACAACCAGUCUUCCAACAGAACAGAUUCACGUCAGAUCAGAUGGAUCGCCGCAGGCCCCUUUCUCUGAGAUAUAUGAAGAUUCAACGACCACAUACACAUCCCUCAAUACUGAGGAUGCAUAUUCUUGUGAUUCCCCCCCAUACGGCAUCCAUCCCAGUUGGCCUGUGCUGCAGAGUGAGGGGAGUGAGGGACUUCAACGCCAAUCAGUCUCUUCGAGUACACCCUCGAUGGUGCGAGAUGAGGGCACGCCUGAAUCGGGAGGUGGAGGGGCCAACCCAGAAUCGUUUGAUUCCCCUUAUUUAUGGAAUUCGAGCGUACGAGCAACGCCAACUAGCAAUCAAGGUUUUCCGCCGCCACCAAGGUCAAAGUCAAUGGUUGAGGUCUCGAUGUUUCCAUCCCUAGAACCCUGGUUUGAGAGCCAAAAUGAGAUGUUCUUGUUUGGCCCACAUUCAGGGGUAGGUUCACAGAAACAUAUUUACAUGCCCACCGCCGUGGUAGAUAAUUCGGCCAUUUGCGAAUGUUUUAACAUCCUGCUGCAGGCGUUGCAAGCUCUUCACAACCACACCAAUAUUACCACUCCCUCACCUUCGUUCGAUGUUGUCUUGACCGUCAAUCGCCGUGCGGUUGACGGCUGCGCGAUGAUGCUGGAUUGCGGCAAGUGUGUCAACGGAGGUAACUCCAACACGGCGAUGAUGCUGCUGGCAACGAUCAUAGGAAAGGUUAUGUCAUUCUAUCGCGCAGCCUCACAAAACUACUUUGGUUUUACCCCGCAAUCACAUUAUCAGCCGCAGCCGCUCCCGCUCACCUUUGGAACGUACAAGAUUGCUGAAGAAGACGGACGUUGGCUAGAAAUGGAGAUCUUGCUACGGGAAUUAAGGAAAUUAGAAGGAGUUCUAGCCAAGUUUCAGGACGUUACUAAGAAAGAUGAGAUGGCGGAGCUUGGCGGUGUCCAGGCUGCUGUCAUUGGCUAUCUAAGGCAUAGCCUGAGCGUUAUUUUUGGAGUUCUUAAUAUGCGACGGGGUGUGCAGCACAAUUCCCGUGUUUGA